UAUAUCUCCUUCUCACUGGCCACAACAUUAUUUUGCACUUUAUUAAUCAUAUAUCGUAUUUGGAGAGUUGCACGGAUGAGCGAUGCUGGUCUCAGAGUUUAUGGUCAUGUGAUUGAAGUCUUUGUUGAAUCUUCAGCUCUUUUAUCUGGAUCUCUGAUAUUAUAUGUUGCUUUUGAUGUUUCUCAGAGUUGGGCAUAUUUUUAUUUUGAUGCUCUUGCUGCAAUUUCUAGAAGUAUUGCUCCAACACUUCUUAUUGGAUGUGUUGCAGCUGGACAUGCUCGUCCUGAUGACUCUUGG